CAUUCGAAAAGUACGGACGUGGGUGUUUCAUUUCGGAGUUCGUGGCUUUCGUGCCGGUUUGUUUGCGGAGUUACCACCAUCGUCCAGCGGCUCCUCUUCAUCUUCAAUCCUCGCCAUCUCCGCCGGGCAGAUGAAUUAAUUGUGGAAAAUUGUUAAAUUCCAGCUCGUUGAAGCGGCCACAAAUCCAAUUAAGCGCAUACACCGUUUGCGGAGCGUUGUGCAUAAUUGAGUAAUUAAGCUUUCCAUACAAAAAGGGUUUUUGACACCGCACACAUCGAAGUCACUUGGGCAGUUUUGUGGAAAGAGCAGCGGCAUCAAAAUUGAUUGCUUUCGCAUGGACACGAACUCGGUGAGCCCGCUGCCUCCGAUGGAGGAGGCCAUGGACAGGGUCAGUGAGAAGUCGCCCCCGGGAACCCCCAACGGGAUCGAGAUGCCCCCGCCUCCGGAUGAGAAGCGCUAUGAGGAGGAUCCGGACAACGCCUGGAACUGCUGCUCCUGGUGCGAGUAUCUGCUGAUUGUCAUCCUCUCCACCAUCCUGCUGGUGGGGGUCCUGGUCCUCACCCUCUUCUGGGUGAUGUUCUACAGGGAGGGAUUCGCCUGGUCGGAGAGUCCCAAGCAGCAGUUCAACCUGCAUCCCAUUCUGAUGAUCGCUGGCUUUGUCACACUGUCUGGAUUCUCCAUCUUAAUCUAUCGACUGUGCCGCUGCGUGAAGCACAUCUAUGUGAAGCUGAUCCACAUGUUCUUCCACGCCGUGGCCAUUCCGUGCAUCGCGCUGGGCUUCCUGUCCGUCUUCGAUUCCCACGAGGCGUUGCAAAAGGUCAACUUCUACAGCCUCCACUCGUGGCUGGGAUUCAUCACAAUGGGCAUGUUCGUGCUCCAGUUCGUCAUCGGCUUCUUCAGCUUUCUGGUGAUGCUCUGCUGUGAGAACAAGACCUACAGCUGCCGCUCCGCCAUGGUGCCCAUCCACGCCAGCCUGGGCCUGGCCAACUUCUGGCUGGCCAUUGCCACAUCCGUCACCGGACUGAUCGAGAAGGAGCGCGAGACCGUCAACGAGGCGGGCGUGAGCCAGGAGAACAAGCUGGUGGAGCACUACAUCACCAGUGCCAUCGGCGUCACCCUGAUCUUCAUCGGCAUCAUCGUGACCUUCGCCGUGCGGCGGUCGAAUGCUCCCGCCUCCGCGAAGGUUUACGUCACGGAGCGCAUUUAGAGCCGAAGUCUCCGCCAAGGGACUCGGACUCGAAGCCGGAUCCGGUCCAAGGGCAGGAGGAGGGAAGGCGAGCCGCAGAUGGUGUAUCCGAGGAUCCCGGACCUCGGCGACUGGACUGGGGAGAACGGACUGGCGAUGAUGUCCUUUCGCCAGGCUUAACGCACAGAGAACACGCUUCUGCAUCUCCAAUCGAAGAACCCUUUGUAACCCUUUAUACAUAUGCCAAAUUAAAUCCUCCUCGUACACCUAGACUACUCCGUGCGGCGCUAAUCAAAAUCAAAAUCAAAAAAUUUCUCCCACUUUCCACUUUCCUCAGUAGAUGUGUAGGAUUAGGAAUCUCAGAAUAGAAGAGCCGACCAAGCAGCGCAACUCUAAUCAAAAUUGACGUGUUCAGCCGAGCUAAACGAUGUAUUGAGGCACUUUUCGUGAGCAUGAUUAGCCAGUUUUUUGGUAAUAAACGUACGAGUAUAGUAGAAUUUUGAUAUAAGCCCAUGUAACUAAUGUAUGCACCGUACCACGUAACUCAUUGAAUGUACGCACUCGGACUCAAAUCUGUCGCAUUUAGUGUUUUUUUCGUAAUCGUUAAAGGAUUUGUAAUUCAUUAUGCGCUAAGCAACUUAAGCUGUAAACCAACUUUACAAACAAACAAUAAACGAUACUUUUGCCCCUCUAAGGGGUCUCAUAA